AUGCGCGGCUUCUCCUACCUGAUGGGCACUGCCCUUUCUAUGGCCUCGGCCGUUUCUUCCACGGGCAUUAUCAUCCCUCUGUAUGUCUGGCCUACGGACGAUAGCACUUGGGCCCCUGUCUAUAAUGCCAUCUCAUCGCAUCCAAAUAUUGAGUUUCAAGUCAUCGUCAACCCUGACAGUGGCCCAGGGGAUACCAGUUACCCCGAUGAGAACCUCAUCACGGGUGUCUCCACGUUAAACAGCUAUGACAACGUCCAAGUAAUCGGUUACAUUCCUACCAAUUAUGCAGAACGUGCGCAAGCGGAGGUUAACAGCCAGAUCGCCGCCUACAGCGGCUGGUCUUCCUACAAAGCGAAAAACAUUUCAGUCUCCGGAAUCUUCUUCGACGAGGCUCCACGUACAAAUGACAACACCACGAUCUCAUAUAUGCAGAGCAUAUCAACCACGGCCAAGAGCAGCAACCUGAACAUGGUCGUGUUCAACCCCGGUACCAAGCUAGAGGAAGGGUCCGCAGCUGAAUACUUCAAGGCAGCCGAUCUAAUUGUCGAGUUUGAAAAGUCGUAUUCUGAAUGGACAUCAGCUAUCCCGGCCAACGAAUUUUCUUCGAGUGAGACAUACUGCAAAGAUGCUAUUAUUGUGCACAGUGCACCUAUGACGGCAGAUUACAGGGCCGUUGUUCAAGAUGCCCAGAGUAUGGGAUUGGGUGCCGUUUACCUGACGAGCAGUGACGAUUACAUGUCUCUUGACAGUGUGGCGACGCUUGCGGCCGCUUCUACUACGUGA